AAGGGAUGUCGAUGUUCCGAUCGGACGGCGUGGAGAAGGGACUUCAGAUCGGAUGGUUGAGAUAAGACGUUGGGGUUCGGCGUUGCACACACGCGGAAAAGAAGAAGCUCGAUUCGCUGUUUUCUGCCAGAGCACACCGUGGACGCCGUCCCCGCUCAAGUGAGGUUCGGAGCUCAGAGCCUUGCGAUCUCUCGGCUGCGCGCGCGCAAGAUGGCUGACCCAGAAUUGGAAGCUAUCAGGAAGAGAAGGAUGGAAGAACUAAUGGCAAAACACGGUGGCGGUGGGGCAAAUCAACAAAAUGCAAGCCAACAAAAAGCUCAGGAAGACGCGAAACAGGAAGCUGAGGAACGCCGACAGAUGAUGCUUGCUCAGAUAUUAUCUUCUGAAGCCAGAGAAAGGAUCUCCCGCAUAGCUUUGGUCAAACCUGACAAAGCAAGAGGGGUGGAGGAUGUUCUGCUGAGAGCUGCUCAAACUGGUGGAAUAUCUGAAAAGGUGUCCGAAGAAAGACUUAUCUCCCUUCUAGAGCAAAUUAACACCCACACAAGCAAGCAAACCAAAGUUACGAUUCAGAGGCGUCGAAGUGUCCUUGACGACGACGAUUAGACGCGACCUGCAAGCUUUGCCUCUGAGUGCAUGAUGAUGGGCUGGUGAUUGAUUGAUUAUAAGCUGUACCGAACUUGUUUGCUUAAAGACAAUGAUCUGAUGCGACUGCAAACAGCCAUCAAAACUUGGUUGUAUAUGAUCCGAUGUCUUGUUGGUGUACCCCCGUUGAGGACAGUCGAUGUAUUGGCUGUGAUUAUCCCUGAAACACUGUUCUUCCUUGAGUUAUAGUAUUUAUU